AAAUUGAAAUUGAAAAAAAGGCAAGGCUCCUUUUUUUUCCGCCACAGUAGUAGAGAGAGAGAGAGAGACGAUGGAGGAGUUCAGUCCAAUGCCGUGUCCCUCCACCGUAACAGUCCGCCGUAACCCUCCGAGAAAAGCCAGAGCCACUCCGUACACCACCGCAGCUAAACCACCUCCCUCCUCGAACGCUCACGACGUCCCUUCGUUCCCGAUCGACGAGAUUCUCUCCAUCCAGAUCCCUCUUCCCGAACCCCCAAAACCCUCGGCUUCGGAGAGCUUGAAGAUCUUCCUGAGAAUCAAGCCCUUGAGGGUGUUCAGCAAGGUAACCGCCGUGGCGAAGAGCAGACCUAGAAACGUCUGGCCGCAAAACCCUUCGAAGAAGCAAAACGUUGCGAAAGAGAGUAGGAGUAAGAAGAGCGAGGAGGCUUGUAUCGCUCUCAACGAUUCUUACUCUGUCACGCUGACUCCGCCUCAGGUGUUGCAAGAGCUGAAACGAAGCAAGACUGAGGUCUUUGAAGGGUUUUCUCACGUUUUCCCUGCCGACUGUUCGCAGAGCGAUGUGUAUGGUAAGAUGGUUCAGCCUUUGUUGGAGGAUUUCUUGAAUGGGAAGAGUGGAAUGUUGGCUGCGUUGGGUCCUAGCGGCUCUGGGAAGACUCACACUGUCUUUGGAACUCCCAAGGAUCCUGGUGUUGUUCCUCUUACGCUCCGUCAGAUUUUCAAGAAGAGAGAUGAGACUUCUUCUCCUGUGUCUUUGAGGGCAUUUUACUUGUCGAUAUUUGAGAUAUGCUCCGAGCGAGGGAAAGGGGAGAAAGCUUAUGAUUUACUUGGAGAUGGAAGCUCUGAGUUGUCUGUGCAGCAAUCAACCAUCAGGGGUUUGAAAGAGGUGCCGAUCCGGAAUUUGGAGGAAGCAGAGUCCUUAAUUGGACAAGCGAUGCUGAAACGUGCUACAGCUACAACAAAUUCAAAUAGCCAGUCAAGUCGCUCACAGUGCAUCAUUAACAUAAGAGCAGCAUCCGAUGGCGUUUCUAACGAGACAAAAGUGCAGUCUACUGAUGCCAUGCUGACUAUAGUUGACUUGGCUGGAGCAGAAAGGGAGAAAAGAACUGGCAAUCAGGGAGAAAGGUUGGUUGAGAGUAAUUUCAUCAACAACACAUCCAUGGUUUUCGGUCAAUGUUUGCGGUCACUUUUGGAGUACCAGAAAAACCGAAAGAAAGGAUUUCAGAAACAUCAUCAAAAUUCUCUGUUAACAAGGUACUUGCGAGAUUAUCUAGAAGGAAAAAAGAGGAUGGCUUUGAUUAUAACAGUCAAAGCAGGAGAAGAAGAUUAUCUUGACACCUCCUAUCUCUUAAAACAAGCAUCGCCGUACAUGAAAAUCAAAUUUGAUAACAUUGAGGAGGUUUGCAACAAGAGGCAGCUCAAGACAUUUCCAAGAGUUGAGAAAAACAAGAAAAUGAAACUCAGUGCUCCCAAGACUUCCCAAAUUGCAGAGACUGUUUCUGGAGAGAAAAACCAAAUUACUCAGGAAGUGAAUUUGGAGGGAAAGAAAGCUCAUCAAACGUACAAAUCAUCUCCAAAACUGGAGGAUAACAACGAGAGAGAGCACAUCAUCAUGCGGAAUUUUGCUAAAGUCGUGUGGAAUGUCCUGAAGCAGUACAACGAGAAAUUAAAAGUUGCAGAAGGUGACAUUUGCAGUCUCAAGGAAAGGCUUAAAAACGAACAACUCAAAUCACGGGAAUUAGAGGCUGAGUUGAUCAAUCUUAAGUCAAACCUGGCAGAACCAUGUCUACCUGAGGUAGAAGCACUUGUCCAUCAGGUCGAGGUUGACACAAGUUUGGCUAAUGAGAAUACGAAUGUCGGUGAUGAUGAUCCUUGCGACCUUAUCGAGUCAAGAAGUGAAGCAACCGCAGAAGAACGCAAUGAGUCUUCACUACCAAACAAAAGUGUAGUACCUGGCUUAGGAAACGAAGAAAUCUCCUGGGACGAGGAAAAAUGUGCCAAGCAAGAUGAUCCUUGCAACCUUGUCGAUUCAACAAGUGAAGUCACUGCAGAAGGAUGCAAUGAGUCUCCUGUACGAAACAAAAAUUUGGUACCAGACUUAGCAAACGGGCAAGAAUGUGACGAUCAAAUUGAUCCAACACCUUCACCAGAACAAGUUGAAGUUCGUCUCAUCAACAACCGGCUGUCCAACAUUCAAACAAAGUCUGCAGUAUCCCGAAGAUUUCCAGAUUCAGAGAAACAAGAAAGACACAGAAGACUGUUGCCAGCCUCAUCCAGAUUGCUAGCUGAGGAAAUGAAUGACUUGGAGAUCAAAGAUAAGCAGAUUGAGAAACCACAGGUUAAAUUAGCCGAGACUCGUGAUCAAGAGAAAUCAGAAUCAACUCAGGGUCGUGAAAUUGAAAUCCCUGCCCGAGAAGCAGAACCUGCAUCAACUAAAAAACAGAGGAACGAACAGAAGAAACCCAGAAGGAGGCUUCAACCAGCUUCAUCAGUGUUGUUAACGAGAGAAAUAAACACGUUAGAGAUCGAGGAUGAUGUGGCCGAGCCAAAGGGGACCAGAGGCGGAAAGAAGACAAUAGUAACACAACCGAGAAGCCAAGGGAGUGUCACCCUCCUCCGUCUCCUUACAAGCAAUCUCCAUCUCUGACAAGAAAAACUCGUAUCAAAGUAAUAUUGUCGUACCUUUUAUUGUAUGAAGGUAAGGUAGUAUAAAGAAAAAAACUUUCUGAAAUAGGUAGCAAAACUACAACAUGUAUUAUAAAUGGUCUAAGCUUUUUUAGACGCAAGAUGGAAUAGUUUAACACCAAAAAAAACGUCUAGCUUUUUAAAA